AAAAGAUAAAAACAUUUUUAUUUUUUUUUACAAGAUUUCAUUUUGAGAAAAUCCUCUUUUGGUCCUUCAUCUCCUUCUUCUUCUUCUUCUGCUUCUCAACCCCCAUUUUAUCCAAACUCACUUCCUCACACAAUCCCUAACAAUUUUAUCAUAUCAUAACCUUACCUGAUUGAUUGAGAAAUGGAGGAGUGGAUGAAGAGGAAAUCCAAUUCAUUUUGAGGUUAGUUCUGUCACUUACCACUCUCCAAGUACUAACUCAAUUUGUUUAUUUUUUUAAUCAAAAUGAUUGAUUAGGGUUCAUGAAUGGAUACAUUGGAGAUCAGUUGUCGAUGUUGAUUACAGAUUUUAUUUAUUUGUUUUGUUAAUCUGGUUGAUUGUGUUAUAGUAAUGGUGUCUAGGAAUGAACAAGUUGAAUCCUUCUUUAAUUCGCUUAACGCGGUUAAAGAUGUAUUCUCACCAGUUGAAUCUGGUUUCAAGAAGGUUGCUAAAGAUCUUGAAUUAUGCUGGUUAAGUCAGAAGAAUGGAGUUAAGUAUUUAGAAAACUUUCCACAAUUUAAUUUUGUUGUUGUUGAGACUAAUGGAAAGGUUGUUGAGAGUAGUGAGAAGAAGAAGAAGAAACAGUUUGGAGAUGUGGUUAUGGUAGAUGGGAGAAAGAAAGGAUCAUCAACUAGGGUUACGAAUAAAACAUUUUUAGCGAAUUUAUUUCAGAAUAAUGGGAGUAGUAAGAGUAAGACAACAAGUGAGUUAUUGAACAAAGGGUCGUCCAAAGAAAAGGAAAAGGAGGAUGGAUCUUGUGUGAAUUGUUUGCAGUUUGCAAUGACAUGGUCUGUGUUGGUUAACUGUUUUGUUCAAGCGAUUCCGACUCCUUUUAAACCUGGGAAAAAGCGGUUUCAGAAACAAUCUGGUAAAGAAAAUGCUUCUCAAGAUUCAUGCAAACAACCAUCUUUGGUCUUCCCUUUUAAAAGGAAGCUAAAGAAAUCUGAUGCUCAAUUUGAUUCUGUGUUCCAAGAGGAGGAGGGUGAUAAUACUAGAAUGUACAAGGGAGGACAAAUUUUGUCAUUAGAGCUACUUGUAGGUUUCUUAUGUGAUCAAAUUAUUCAAAAUAUUUCGAAGUUUGAUGAGGGAAUUCAGAAAAGCUGUAAUAAGAGUAAUGAUAAGAGUAAUAUGAUAGAUGAUUCUUCAAAUUCCACGGAAAUUGAUCAUCUCGGGCUACUCAAGAGUAUGUUCAAAGGAAGAAAAGCAGAUGUUAAUAGCUUUCUAGGGAAUUUGAGUUUUGCAAGAGUAGGAGGAGUACCAUCCAGUAUGGUGGGAGUACCUUCUGUUAAGGAGGAGGAUGAGGACAUUGAAUCCAAUGCAAACAAGGAAGAACCCGAGAGUAAUACACCUCAAAAGAUUGCAACUGGAUUGCUGAAUAUCCCGUUGUCCAAUGUUGAGCGCUUAAGGUCCACAUUAUCCACUGUUUCAUUGUCAGAGUUGAUUGAGCUCGUACCUCAAAUAGGACGUCCCUCUAAAGACGAACAUCCUGACAAGAAAAAGUUAUUCUCGGUGCAAGAUUUCUUCAGGUACACAGAGUCCGAAGGAAAGCGUUUUUUUGAGGAACUGGAUAGAGAUGGUGAUGGGCAGGUCACUCUAGAAGAUCUUGAAAUAGAAAUGAAAAAGAGAAGGUUACCUAGGAAAUAUGCUCGAGACUUCAUGAGACGGACCCGAAAUCAUAUUUUUUCAAAAUCAGUUGGGUGGAAACAAUUCUUGUCAUUCAUGGAGCAAAAGGAACCGACCAUUCUUAGAGCCUAUACCACUCUCUGUUUGAGCAAGUCUGGUACGCUGCAGAAAGGGCAAAUCUUAACAUCCCUUAAAAAUGCUGGGCUUCCGGCCAAUGAAGAUAACGCUGUUGCCAUGAUGCGCUUUCUGAAUGCGGAUACUGGAGGAUCUAUAUCCUAUGGCCAUUUCCGGAACUUUAUGCUUCUUCUUCCUUCUGAUCGACUCACAGAUGAUCCACGGAGUAUUUGGUUUGAAGCUGCCACCGUUGUUGCUGUCCCACCUCCCGUAGAAAUCCCUGCUGGAAGUGUUCUGAAAGCAGCUUUGGCUGGGGGCCUUGCUUGUGCACUUUCUACUUCUCUCCUUCAUCCUGUUGAUACCAUAAAAACUCGAGUGCAAGCGUCAACAUUAUCCUUCCCCCAAAUUAUUGCAAAGCUUCCACAAAUUGGAGUUCAGGGAUUAUACAGGGGUUCUAUACCAGCUAUACUCGGUCAAUUUUCAAGCCAUGGACUAAGGACAGGAAUCUUUGAGGCAAGCAAGCUUGUAUUGAUAAAUUUUGCCCCCACACUUGCAGAGCUUCAGGUGCAAUCUAUAGCAUCAUUCUGCAGUACAAUCCUGGGUACAGCAGUGCGGAUACCAUGUGAGGUGUUGAAGCAGAGGUGUCAGGCUGGUAUCUUUGACAAUGUGGGAGAAGCACUUGUGGGUACUCUGCGACAAGAUGGUAUCAAGGGUUUCUUUCGUGGGACUGGUGCCACACUGUGCAGGGAGGUUCCUUUCUAUGUUGCUGGCAUGGGACUCUAUGCCGAGUCCAAAAAGGGUGUUCAGCAGUUCCUGAGACGAGAACUGGAGCCAUGGGAAACAAUACUUGUAGGCGCAUUGUCAGGUGGACUUGCUGCCGUCGUCACAACUCCUUUUGAUGUGUUGAAGACAAGAACGAUGACUGCCCCUCAGGGUCUUCCCGUUUCAAUGUCAAUGAUAGCCUUCUCCAUCCUCCGCCAGGAAGGACCCCUCGGUCUAUUUAAGGGAGCACUUCCAAGGUUCUUCUGGAUCGCGCCAUUGGGUGCCAUGAACUUUGCAGGCUACGAGCUCGCACGGAAGGCAAUGGACAAAAAGAAUGAAGAGCAAAUAGCAAAUGAUCAGCUACCCGAAAAGAAGCUCGCAAAUGCUGGGUAAUGCUCCUCGAGAACACCCUGCAUCUUUAUCUGUCGACCAAACAAAACAACUGUAACAUUUCUUGGAACUUUAUUUUGUUUUGUUCUUUUUGCAUAUAUAUUCCAGGAGAUUUUGUUUUUUACAUUUGAGGUGGGCCGAAGUUUUGAUAAGUUUGGUACAUAAACAGAUUAGCAAGAGAAUUUGUUAGUUAACGAGCCGCCCUUACUUUUCUAUCCUCUAAUGUACAUUUGAUUCUGUUUACACGCUUCUCCAUUUUUUGUGGCCAUGAAACCAGGAUUGAACUUCAACAUCA